AUGCCUGGUGGAGUCAUUUUUGUCGUCUAUAUACCUUCAAGCAAUUACGAACACAUUUUACGAUUUGGCAAACCUAAAGACCUGAUACCUGUCGAAGAUAAUGCUUUAAAACCAGCGCGAUUGGCUGUCGAGUUGAGAAAUAAGAAGUCAAGGAGUAUCCCCAUACAUUUGACACAGCAAUACUAUAAUGAGGGUUACAGUCAGCCGUUGGAAAAUAUCGACGAAUGUGAUGAAGUUUUCACCAUGGAGAAUAUUCUACAAGAAUUAUUGUCGAAGUUGCACGUGGAGCACGUAGUUUGGAUGAGUGACAAGGCGGGCAAUUAUUUCGAGAUAGUCUUCCCCCUGCCAACUGGCGACCAGUGCGAGACCAUGCUGCACUGUCUCACACAGCUGGGGAUAGGAGUAAGAUGCAAAUCCAUUGUCAGUGUACUUCCAUGUAACGUGGUGCACUCAGCCAUGGCCUAUGAACAAACUGAGGAUACUGCAUUACGAAAGUCUGAAGAUGCAACUCGCUGGAGAAGCUUCGUGGAGUCCAUCAGAUCAAAGCUAACUGUCAAGCAAGUGGUGGACGGAGUACGUGGCGGGGGAGAGCUGUCAUUCGAUUAUCUUACGCUAAUUAUAACGGCCGAUUCCCUCGCUGCCUUAGGUUUGGUAGAAAACAACGCUUCAAAUAUUGUGGCAGCCAUGUUGGUCUCUCCUCUGAUGGGACCUGUCAUGUCCAUAACGUUUGGGACUAUCAUAGCUGACAGGAGUCUCGUGAGGAGUGGCUUCGAAAGUCUGAUCUUGGGAAUGUUCCUCUCUUUGCUGUUUGGCUUUAUAUUUGGCCUGAUUCUGGGAAGCACUGAGAUGCCUUGGGGCUUUGGAGACUGGCCUACUGAAGAGAUGAAGGGACGAGGCAACGUCCGCUCGCUAUGGAUGGGCGUGCUCUGGGCUCUGACUUCAGGGACUGGAGUAGCAUUAGCCUUGCUGCAAGGCAGCGCUGGCCCGCUCAUCGGUAUUGCCAUCUCAGCUUCCCUGUUACCACCAGUCGUUAAUUGUGGAUUAUAUUGGGCCCUAGCCUGCAUAUGGCUGCUGUAUCCUGGGGUUAAAGUGCCCCAUAUAAAGGGAGAAGCGUACACUGGCAAUUCGUCUUACACGCCCUUGUAUCAUGAUUAUCUUCCAAUCGAGUUUGCCGUCAAUGGUAUAGUUAGUUGCUGCCUAACAAUAGUAAACGUCAUCUGCAUUUUCAUAACGGCUAUAAUAUUCCUGAAGAUAAAAGAGGUGGCAGCGCCCUACACUUCAAGUCCGGACCUCAGGAGGUUUUGGGAACAAGACAUCAAAGUAGCCAGGGAAGCUAAUCGCGCCAAUUUGCAUAAAGCUGAGGAUGAUGAACGAGCUGAGUUGGUGUUGGAAGAUCUGAACCAAGACGAUGAGGACAUAAAGGAGAAGUUAGAAGCAGCAAUCGAAGAAGCAUUGGAUGAUGAGACGUACAGGAAAGUCAAGAGAAUGAGUUAUCAGAGCCAUAAUGCUGACGAGGUCAUUCACACGAUUGGCCUAUCGAGGACUCCCAUCUCCUUGUUGUCAAGCCAGUUGAAUUCCGGAGUCAGUACCCCUACUGGACACAGACCUUCUAAUGUCGAUGAUAUAGCAGCACUGGAUAAACUGCUGACGUCAUUACUCGGCUUGAAGGAGAGCAAGCGUGGCAGGUCAUUUAUCUCACAUCGCGGUACUCCCAGAUCUAGCCGAAUCCCCAGGAAUGUUCCAGACAUUACUGGACAUAGCCAUAGAAGACGAUCCGAAUCGUGGCCUGAGAAAAUCUUCGAAGAUUCUGUUGUUCGAAGCGUCAUUAGCAAUCUGCGAGCUAGUAAAAGAAGUUCCCAGAUGGAAGACGCUUUUAUGACACCAAAGUAAGAAGGCUUCGACAACUUGUACAACAUAAUAAACUGUAAAGCAGCUAACGUAGAAAGAACCUAUUAAAUUUAAACCUAUCCAA